CAUGUUUAUGGAGAUCAAUCGCCAUUAUGAUUAAAAACGUUAAGCUAUAAGUUAGAUUAGCAUCAUUUACCAUUUUACACUUCAGCCAUGUUUACAACUACGCAACACAAAACGUAGCACAAUAACAUGAACACUCCUACUGAUGAAGAAACUAGGCACGUUGUCCCCGCCGCGUGCGUCGCCUGCCGCUCUCGACACCUAAGAUGCGACGGCGUCGAGCCGUGUGCGCGUUGCAUGUCUAAGGGCCUACAAUGCAGUUUCGUUCAGUCGCGGCGGGGGUAUAGGAGGAGGGGGAGGGUUAGAGGAGUAAAUUCGCCAGCCGUAUCUAUAGCCAAUUCUCCUACAAUAACCAUGGAGUCGCCUACUAUCCCCCUCACUAACACGGACAUUACAUGCCAGCCUAUAGCAACCACCACCGAUUACCUUGCAGCAUACUACCAUUAUAUCCAUCCCGCCCACCCCUUGCUCCCCCCGUUCUCCACGCUCCUCGCGCUCCUCUCUCGACGCCCCCUCCCCCACCUCCUCGCCGCAAUCACCUAUAUCUCCUCCUUCCACAUUCAGCCUUCCCACACCCCCCUUCUGCUCGCCGAAGCGCUCCACCAGAUCUCUUUUCCCAUCUGUCCACAUGACUGCUACGCUGUGCAGGCCAACCUACUCAUCGCUAUCGGAUUGGACGGAAGCGGGGAACUAAAACGCGCCCUCUCCUUCUUUAACCAGGCGGUAGAUGUUGCCCUCGAGAUCGGCAUGCAACAUGAGUGGUUUGCAGAGAGGAAUGGCGGCGGGAAUAGUGUGAUGGAGGAGAGUUGGCGCAGGACGUGGUGGGAGUGCGUGGUGCUAGAUGGGAUGGUUGCUGGUGUGCAUCAGGCUAGCUCUGUUAGAUUGGAUGGGGUUGGGGAAGAGGUUGGACUUCCUUGCGAGGAGGGGAACUAUAUAUCUGGAAACAUACCCUCCCCUCGCACUCUAGAAGAAUUCAAUGACGGGGACUUUUCAGAAGAAGACACCAUCUUCUCCUCCUUCGCCUAUCGCAUCGCCGCCAUCUCCAACCUCGCACGAAUCCUCGCCAUCCCAAAGCCCAUCUUCCCAGACGAUCCGCUAAUCGCGAAGACGGAUGCCUACCUCGUGAACUGGAGCCUCCAUCUCCCAUCUACAAGGAGGAUUGUAGUUGAGGAUGGAAGGGUGGACGAGAUGAUAUUCCAGGCGCAUAUGAUUACGUACGCGUCCACACUGCUUCUCCAUAAACCGCACGCCCACCUAGACACUGCACCUACACAAACCAUCACAUCUUGCGCCCCCCAUCAGCCCACCACUGGCGGGCCAACGAAUAAUAUACACGCUGCAAAAGUGGUCCAAGCCGCCUCCGACAUUGCAUCACUCAUCGCCCUCCCUGUCCCUCUAACCUUGCACACGCACUUCUUUACUUGUGUCGUUACGUUAGGUGCCAUUGUUGAUUUGUCGCGCUGGGCUGGAUUGGAAGGGGCGGGGAGGAAUGAGGAGAUCAAACAGCAAAUCCGUCUAUAUACCGGAGCUCUCAAAACCAUAGCUACUGUCUGGCCCUCUGCUCGGAAAGCGCAAGGUCAGGUGAAAGGUGCGGCACAGGAGAUAUUCGCAUCCCGCAAAUUGGCGGUGAGAGAGCGGCAGUUUUGGGGCGGGCUCUUGGAUGAGGAGAUGUUGGGGCUGGUGGGUGGGGAUGGGGAGUUUGGGGUGGGGUUAUUGGGGGAUGAUGAUGGGGAGGGGUGGAAUAGUGAGAAUAUGGCAGGUUCAGGAUGAGAUGGGUGUCAUCGACUAGAUACUCAUUCUCGUUCUAGGACCUUCUAAGCUGUGGUUAAAAUUGCUACGUUUCAACCACCUCCAUUUCAUUGAAUGAGGCCGCUACGAAGUUGUAAAGAACAAGACCUGUGCCUUGAAUUAGAGCAGCACACGAUGCACCCAUUGUGGCCAAAGCAACUAGAGGAAACCCGUUAAAACCCAG